AUGUCUGUCCUAAAACAGUUUGAACACCUAAAAAUACAACUAGAAGCUAUAGAAUCAACCACAAACAACUUUUCUAAAGAGAGCUGCAUCGGGAAAGGAGGCUUUGGGAAAGUGUACAAGGGAGAACUCCUCCAUUCGAUGGGGCAUACCACGGUUGCCAUAAAACGUUUAGAUCGUUCAUUUGGGCAAGGAGACUCUGAGUUUUGGAAGGAGGUGAUUAUGCUUUCAGUUUACAGGCAUGAAAAUAUUGUCUCCCUCUUGGGGUUUUGUGAUGAGAAAGGCGAGAAGAUCCUUGUGUAUGAGUAUUCAUCCAGAAGAAGUCUCGACUUACAUCUGAACAACAAGGAUCUAACAUGGGUUCAACGCCUUACGAUUUGCAUCGGGGUGGCUCGUGGAAUAGCAUACCUUCAUAAUCCAGCAGGUACUCAACAAAGAGUAUUGCAUAGAGAUAUUAAAAGUUCCAACAUUCUUUUAGAUGAAAAUUGGAAUGCCAAGAUAGCCGAUCUUGGUCUAUCUAAAUUUGGUCCUGCAAACCAGAACUACACAUUCCUUGUCACCAAUAAUAGAGUUGGCACUAUUGGGUAUUGUGAUCCGCUAUAUUUAGAAAGUGGGAUACUAACAAAGGAGUCAGACGUUUACUCAUUUGGUAUAGUCCUAUUUGAAGUUUUUUGUGGAAGAUUGUGUUUUGAAAGCAAUGAUAAGCCUCAAUCUUUUACUCAACUGGUCCGAAAACAUUACAGACAGAAGAACCUAAAUGAAAUUAUUUGGGGUAAUAUAAAGGAAGAAAUACAUCCUACCUCUUUGGAGGUGUUUUCAGCAAUUGCUUAUCAAUGUUUGAAGAAUGACAGUGAAAAACGUCCAUUAAUGGAGGACGUCGUGACACAACUUGAAACUGCCCUCGAAUAUCAAGUAACUUAUGUUCUUUCUCUUCUUUCAUAA